UGAGUUUUCGGGCGUAUUCAAAGUAAAACGCUUAGAAAGUGAUGAUGCAGAGCUAAUUAGCAAUUUGGGCUUAUGUGACUUCUUCAAAGGCUGGAGACAAUCAUACAUAGAGUUAUCAUCAAUCUUUACAUCACAUAAAACGCGGAUGUCUCCUCCCCUAGGAUCACACCAUCCUUGUAUAAUUUCCACUUAUAUUCGUGGAAGCAAGAUGCCUAUCAGAUUCAAUCUUAAGAAUGUAGGAUCCUCAAUAUCUUUUACCAUGCCUUCCGAUGCUAAUUUCAGAACUCAAGGGUUGUCUGUUUGUUCUGUUUAUGCUCCAUCUAAUGAUGUUCGGUUUGGAAAACAGUACUUAUGCACAAUUAUCAGUAAUGCAACCAAGCAAGUGAAAUGGAGCUAUUGCCCAGAACUUUAUGACAUUUCAUGGGAUGGUGAGGACAUGAUGUGGUUAAGUUAUUGGAAGUUAGAGGAGGAUCAGUUGGAAGGUGGCGAUGAAGUGAAUAUUUCAGUUACAAUUACAAGUGGUGGGGAUUAUGAAGUGAAGGAGGUUGGGGUUCAUAUUGUGUACAAGGAGGAGGAGGCAGAAGAAAAGAAGAGCACACAAUCUCAUAGUUUAGAAUUUCCCCAACAAAUUCAUCCCUAUGGGAAUGUAGUUCCUGGUGGUUUUUGUAACGGGGAUUGCGAGAAUUGCACUAGACUCAUUCUUUAUGCCGAUCUCUUUGAUUGUUUCAGUAUUGGGUGGCGAAGGAGCCCGGGUGUAACUUCCACAUUUUCUUCAAGUUUUUUAUGGAUCUAAUAAAUAAAUGAUGAGUUUUUUUUUAAUGCUA